AGGGAAAUCAACAAGCUCCUCCUUCUCGUUUCCUGAAACCACCAGAGAGCGAGUCUCCUCCUCCCCCGCACGGCAGCCGCCUUCUUCCACUUGUCUCCCCAGCUCCUUGUAAUCGCUGUACAGAGCGGAGCAGCUCCGGGACUACAUAACACAUGUGCGGCCACCGGGAGAAGAUGGAGCCUUCCCGGCCACUAGGCUCAGGAGCGACACCUGUGUGAGAGGCUCUGUGUCUGGACUUACCUGCUGUGCCUUGUGGAACGUGCGACGCUCCUAUCCUGCCGGACGGACAUGGCCUGGGUGAAACUAUUCCGCCGACAGGCGGGGGGGAACCUGGGGAAGGUCUACCAACCGGGCAGUGUUCUCUCCUUAGCCCCGACUAAAGGCUUGUUCAAUGAGCCCGGCCAGAACAGCUGCUUCCUGAACAGCGCCGUGCAGGUUUUGUGGCAGUUGGACAUCUUUCGGCGCAGUUUACGUGGGCUAACUGGACAUGUUUGUUUAGGAGAAGCAUGCAUAUUUUGUGCUUUAAAGUCCAUAUUUUCCCAGUUUCAAACCAGUCGCGAGAAGGUACUCCCCUCUGAUGCCAUGAGGCUGGCUCUUGCUGAAAGCUUUAAAGAUGAGCACCGCUUCCAGCUCGGACUUAUGGAUGAUGCUGCCGAGUGCUUUGAAAAUAUACUACAGCGAAUUCAUUUCCACAUUGUGCCAAAUAGUGAGGGCGAUAUGUGCACUUCAAAAUCGUGCAUCACCCAUCAGAAGUUUGCGAUGACUCUGUAUGAGCAGUGUGUGUGUCGGAGUUGUGGAGCUUCAUCUGAUCCAUUGCCUUUUACAGAGUUUGUACGUUACAUUUCCACUACUGCACUUUGUAAUGAAGUUGAUCGAAUGCUGGAGAGACAUGAGCGCCUGAAGCAAGAGAUGUUUGCUGAGUUACUACAGGCUGCCAACACUGCAGAUGACUAUAGGAAGUGUCCUAGUAAUUGUGGACAGAAGAUCAAGAUUCGUCGGGUGCUAAUGAACUGUCCAGAGAUAGUAACUAUUGGUCUUGUGUGGGACUCUGAGAACUCGGACUUGACAGAAGACGUUGUUCGGAAUUUGGCUACACAGCUGUACUUACCUGGGUUAUUUUUUAGAGUUACUGAUGAAAAAGCGAAAGAAAGUAGACUUUACCUUGUGGGUAUGAUCUGCUAUACAAGCCGACACUAUUGUACCUUUGCCUAUCAUACAAAAAGUGCCAGAUGGGUCUUAUUUGAUGAUGCGUCGGUGAAAGAGGUUGGGACCAAAUGGAAAGAUGUAGUCACCAAGUGCAUUCGGUGUCAUUACCAGCCUUUGCUACUAUUUUAUGCAAAUCCUGAUGGCACCGCAGUGACUACAGAUGAUGCUCUCAGGCAGGUCAUGCACUGGACACCUUACAAAAGACUCUUCAACAAUGAAGACACUGCCAAUGAUCGAACGACAUCCACAUCAAAAAAGCCAGAGUACAAUAGAGAUUGUGAUCUUGGAGAACAUAUAUAUCAGAACAGCGGUUGCAAGCAUCAGAAUGAUCCAGCAUUUAAUGGUGGCGCUCUUCAGAUGAGCGCUGGAAGGGGACCUGUUAAAUUAGGUCGUAAUGAUCCUCAGGAAAAAUUGAAAGAUUUGUCCAGAGAAUGUGCCCAAAGAGCGAAUAAUCUAAAAAGUGCAUCAUCUUCUCAAAGAAAGCCUUUGGAUAAAACGCAGAAGAAGGAACCUGCCAGGCCGAAAGAACAAUCCUCUGGAGCUGUAGUAUAUCCAUCAAAAUCCUUCUCUGGAACCCAACUGAAACCUGCAUCUUCUCCUACUAGAAAUGGUUUCAGGCAGUUUCCUGACCCUCACUUCUUCAGCAGUCAAGGAAGAGGGCCAUAUAAGCAGCCGAGAUCUGAACAGCAGGCCAGGCAUGUUUCUCCCUCUACUGCAGUGCAGUCCACAGUCCCCGAAUCCAGGCCGCUAAGUCGAGUGAAAAACAAUGCUUCGAAUGGCUACGAUACCGACGGCAGUCAGGAAUACAGAGAAAAGACAAACGGCAAGAACAGAAAGCCCUGGAGACCCAUGCGAGAGACUCUAAACGUGGAUAGCAUCUUUAAUGAGAAUGAGAAAAGCCAAUCAAGCCCUCGGCAUAUAGCGCAGUCUAAUGGCAAACACCAGGCUGUCAAGAGUCAAAAUGCUAACCACUGUUCAAAAGAGAGUCCCAAGAAGAAAACCCUGAUGACCAUCUACGAGGAUGAAGUCAAACAGGAAUCGGGCAGCAGGAGUUCUUUAGAAUCUCUAGGGAAAAGUCAGACCGAGAGGAACAAACUCAAUUCCGAUUCCAAAAUGUACCAUCUUGACAGUUGGCAAAUGCAGAGAGCGGAGUCUGGAUAUGAAAGCAGUGAUCACAUCAGCAGUGGUUCAAGCAAUCUGGAUUCUCCAGUUAUUGAAGGAACCAGCUUUGCUGAUAUGAAGGGUCUUCAGGAAAGUCUUUGCAGUGACCAUCAGCAGCCAGGGAAUGGAUUUCUUUCUACCUCUCCACACAGUAGAAGUCCGUUAAAUGGUUACAUCAAAGAUUAUAAUGGUUUGGAGCGUAGUAGAUAUGAAGAUCGGUUAUCCCCAGUUCCUCGUGAGCCCUUGCAUAUGCACAGUCCAUCUGGUCAAAGGAAGCAAAUUGGUGACUGUAAAAAGGACAUUCGCUCACCUUCCCUAUCAUUACGUAAGAACUACACCAUGAAACCAGAAGACUCCCAGAAGACUCAUCUGUCACCCUGCUCUCCAGAAAAUUGUUGUCUGCACAUUGAGCACUCACCACUGGGGCAGAUGAAUGGGCAGGCAUACUCUCCAGGCAGUCCUUCUGCAUAUAGGGUGCAGUACAUGAACACCCCAUAUUUUCCAUCUGCUGAAGAGCAGAACGGCUGCUGUGGAAAUCACCGUGACAAUUUACCUCCCCCUCUUCCUCCCAAAAAGUAUAUACGAAGCACUAUGCCAAGAACUGAGUUGGGUUUUGCACCGGCUGCACACCCGGACAUAUUGUCUCCUGUACAUUCAGUCAGUGCCGAGAAGCAUUCGCCUGGUGAUUUUAUCGGACCAGAUGCUGAUAUAGACUACUAUCCAAAGAAAGACUCCUAUCACAGCAGUGGUUUACAAAUACACAUACCAAAUGUGUCUGGAUCUACAAUGUAUGACUGUCACUCAAAGAUGGAUCUGGAUCCCAUUUCCCAUGUAAAUGACACAGUCUCCCUCACUACCUACUUCUCUGUGGACAACUGUAUGACUGACACAUAUAGGCUGAAAUACCAUCAGAAGCCCAAGGUCUAUAUGACGGAAAGUACAGCUUUCCACAGGGAUCCCGGGCACUUGCAAGUACCCGAGACAGUUACCGAGCCUUCUUACCACAGAAACCUUGAUAAUGCUCAUCAUUCACUUUCCAGAUUGAAGGCGUUUGGAAAUGUCCCAUGUAAUAGGUAGACCGACUACCAGGUUAGUUACGAGUCCCCUUCUGUGGAGGUUUCAUUUCUAACUGGUCAGUCCGAUAUCGUCCAGGGUUCAUUUAGCUACAUGGCAUUCGUGUUGUGAAAAGCUUGCACAUUUCCACAUAAAAUUAUGUGGUUGAUAAUCUAACCGCCCAUGAAUGUGGAACAUUAAAAAUGAAUAUUAUUCUCUGACAGAUCCCCCACGCUGGUCGUCCCCGUCAGUCCUGCAGCAAUGUCUUCAUCAUGGACGUCAUUCAAGUCCUAGACAACCCCUUUAAUGAAGAUAAUACAUUGCUCACUUGGCACGUGCUUAUCUAUUGUCAUGUAUUAAUGGCCUUAAAUCUGCAGCCCCAUAAUAAGCCUAGGAAGUCGUAACCCAGCAUUUCACUCCAGUUAACAAUUAACUAAGUGCUGACCGAACGAGAUUACAUGGGUCACGCGGGAGCAGGUAAUGGAAUUUGCACAUAGCGCAGUCAGGUGUUACUGCACAGUAGGUGGAAUGGUAUAAAUUGUACGCUAGUACGUGGCAAAUCGCCAAGCUUUUGUUUUAAAUGGCAUAUCUCUUUUUAUAUUUUUACAUAUGGAGAAAAAAAAAAAUGUAUAGUAAAUUAUUAGUUGACAGACUGCGAUCUGUAUUUUUAAAGAUUCCUCCCGACUGCUGUUUUCAUUGAGCACAAAAUGAAUGACACGAGGUCCGUGUAGUGCCGUCAAAGCUUUGUACAUGAGCACAGUGACUAAUGGAUACAUUAUCAGCAUGGAUGUUGCUGCCACACCUGGAACAUAGAGGAUUAAGUGCAGGCCUUGCACAUGUCGUUUUAAUAUGUAUUUUGUAUAUGCACUGUUUUUAUAUGUUAACACUCUCUCUAGAUUUGAAGCCUUUGUACAAAUUUCUGAACCAGCAAAAUAUUUGUAGUGCUAAUGUCGUACGAUUAGUUUCCAAACUUAUUACCGACCAUACAGAUUUAUUUAUUUUUAUUUUUUAUAUAUCAAUAGCCAUUAGUCUGUGAAGGUUAAGUGAAGCUCCAUCUUUAAUUAGCAUUGGCAGUGCAGUCAGCAAAUAUACAAUCUAGCAUUUUUUGUUAAACCACUCACCUUUUUCUUUUAAUAAUUUUUUUAUUUUAUUUUUUACUGCCUGGUGAAGAUUCCCAGCGUGUCACACUUUCAGGAUUUUCUGGCAACUGCUCAGGUAGUAGAAUUAUCAGUGUAUCAGGAAUUGCAACAAAUGUUGUUCCCGUGGGCACAUAAAGCCCGCAUGGGACCUUUCAAACCAUGAGACAUGUAUGGUGCUUUGAUGAGGCACCGUAUUCUCCCCUACGAGCAACGUUUCUACAGAACACUUACACCUCUAACACAGUAUUAAUGAAUACUAUACACCUCUUGCCUACCAUACUGUAUGACCGGAUGUGCCAUUGUAUAGGUUAAGCAGACCCACGGCCUAAUGAAUGCAUGAGGCUGUAGUGCUGUAAAGGUACCAAAUGGGGAGACUAAAGCUCCUUUCACAUGGGCCAUCCAUCCAACAGACCGCAUCCAAGCUGAACACUGACCCAUUAAUUUCAAUUUGUUUAUGCACAUAAAGUCGGAUUUACACAUGGUAAAUGUCACGCAGUUUAUUGAGAACGACUACUAGUACAAACACUUAUUCCCGAUCGCCCGUGUAAGGAUGCCGCCAGCACCUGAUGAACGACCAAGGUGCUCAUUCAUCUGGUGAAAUCAUUUAUGCAGACAAAUAAGUCAUCAUUAUUUUGCCAGCAGAUUGUGCUCUUUAAACAGGACUCUGCAGCCCAGAAAUAAUCUGUAUGGGGCGAGUGCUGGCAGUAGCCAUCGCAUCCAUGUGCGAUACGUUUCUCACCAAUGUUUGCUAGCAGAUGCUGUGUGCUAUUCUUCAGGGCCGGUUGCAAUCCGGAGGGAAACACUG